GAUUUUGCAACUAUCCCUCGUUGUGUCUUACUAUACUUGACGGUCUGGUGUAAACAAAUUGGAUAAAUGUCUCAAUAAAUUGUUUUAAUUCUUUUCAUCAGUCAACUUUUUUAAAUUGUUUUACACCAAUAGAUCAAUAAUUGGUCCUGGUUGCUAAUAAUUUAACUGGUUUCAUUUAAUUUACUCAUUUGUCAAACACACUUUUCCCUUUGUUAUUCCUUGGUUCAUCCAUAUUUCCCUCUCUUUCUCCUUUCUCUUUCUCCUUGUUUUUUUUUGGAAUACUUUGUUUCUCAUUUUCGAUUAAUGAGUGUCUCAUUUGUCAUAUUGAGUUAAGUUGGUUUUUAUAUCGUCGAGUUUGGCUAGUUACGCUUCGAAAGUGUUCUUACUGUUCAACUGUAAACGUUAAUUAUCAGCUUUGUGUAUUUAAUUCGAAAUCAAUUAUGGAAGCUGGUGACCAAAUUCUUGGUGAGGGCUCACAAAUGGCUGACUUGACGCCAGAUUCACUAGAUGCCAUGGAUGAUGGAGACUUGAGAAAAGCUUGUCAAAUGGUUUUAAAAAGAGACAUAGGUCCUAUCACAGAUUCUACUAGAGAUUUGUACAAAUUAGCUGUCAAAAGAGCUUUAAUUGGCCAUCCGAUUGUGUUUGAUAAGGAUAAUAAUGAGAGUAAUACCGAGGUACCAUCAGAUAGUGAUCAUGAAGAAAUCAAAUCUAAAGAAAUUACCCAAGAAUCAUUGCCAUCUCUCUCGCCUCCUACUCCACCAAGAAUCUCUCGGAAUUCACCUAUUGUAACUAAACAACCUUUCGAUCCAAGUCCAUUCACUUCCAUAAAGAGAUCAUUCCCUGCAACAGCACCUUCUCCGUUCUCACCAAGACCCAAGAGAAUUGAGCAAAGGUCCAACUUUCUUCGUAAUGCCUUCAUUGUCGGUAUUGGGGCAGUUUUACUUGCUCUCGUAUUAGCUUUUCUGUUAAGCGACUGAGUUAUUGCCGAAUCAACAUGGUUCAUAGACACUAUUCAAAACUUAACGUUGUCAAAUACUUGAGCUUCAAGACAAAAAGGAAAAGCAAAUGCUGACUCUAAAAUCAAUAAAUCUUAGCUCUUAAACUCGAUCAUAUGAACUAACAUAAAUAACUUUAAAUUUGCAAACAAGUCAAGUAAAAACAUUAUUUUAAUGAA